UCAGCUUUCUACCCUUUUCCAUCAGGACUUUUCCUGUUGAACUGUCUCAGCCAAUAACCUUAGCAGCCUGCUAGUGUCCAAGAAUUAAAAUGGGAAAGCGUAAGAAGGACGGAUCUAAAGCCGAAGAUCAGAUUGAAACGGACUCCCCCAGGCGACACAAGAAAACUAAAGAAGUUAUUAUUAGUGAGGUAUCGACCUGUAAGAAUGGAAAAAAGUUUCCCCCGGUUUUCCUCAGCUUUACACACGCUAAAUGCAAUCCAGAGCAGUUAAAUAAAUCACAGCCCUCCGUCGAUGUGAAAAUGAACGGUUGUAUCGAAGGGAAAGUGCAGAUUGGGAUAACCUUGAAGACUAAUCAUAUUGCGUACACGAAUACAGAUGAUGAUCAGGACUCACAUUAUACAACAUAUCUUGCAAUCAGAGACAAAUCGACCGGAAAGACAAGGCUGAUUGAAUCCCUGAAUGUUAUGAUGAGACCAGAGUUGAUCAACAUGCAAGACAGACCCAAAUCAGUUGUUGCUCCGAGGUCGACGAACCCCCUUCUCUUGAAGACCGAGGUCAAAGAGGUUAACUCGGAGGAUAGGAUAGAGACUAAUAAACAACUUAUCAAAUCAUUCGGUCAAAGGAAGGGUCAGCGAUAUUACGAGUUGAAGGAGCUCAACACGGUUGAUGCAGAGGAUACUGAAGCUAGGGUACUCAAAGCUGCAGGUGUCGUUGAUGCUGGUGCUGUUACAACACCUGUUAUCGAAGCAAAGACGACAUUAAGUCUCGUCCCUCCUAGAGACGAAGAUGCUGGCAGAGCAGAUAUGAUUUACAGGGUUGAACACAUACUUACUGAGAGAGAGGUACAGGAGUUGAUAACAGCAUGUGGUAAAAUAGUAGAGAAGUACAGUAGCGAUAAGGCUUUUGAUAAAGGUGUUGAAGAAAAGAUUUUUUCUCCCAUAGGUGCUAUCUUUUUGAAAAAGCUGCUCAAGAAUCCUGGUGAAUUUGAUCACACUUCCGCACUUUCGCUUUAUCUUGAUGCUAUAGUCAAGUUCACCAAGAUGAAGCCUGCAGAUCUUAAAAAGGGGUUGCACAGUUUACCACCUCAUCUUCCUUUGAUGAUAAAGAAGAAGAUAUUUGACCAGUUUAGUACUGGACCAGAGAAGAAAAGGUUUAUUAGUCCUGAACUGAAGGAUAAGGCAGUAUGCUACAGUAUAGUAAUUGCUCUAAUGCUCAAUAACUGCAAGAUAGAGGUUUCCCACAUCACUGAGUCGCUCCGGAUAGAGACUAGGAACUUAAAGAAGCUGGUUCUACUGACCGGAGCUAGUCUUGAGCUAGACUCAGAUUCUCACCAGCAGAAGAUUAUUCUUAGGAAAACCUUGACCUCCUUCGAUGUGAACUAUGUAGCCAAGAAGAGAAAAUAAUGAGGUUUAAUUUAUAGAAAUUUUUUUAUCUCCCUUUUCAUUCAGAGGAUGUUUCAGA